CAUCAGUACCUCCUGUCCCCCCUUUCCCUCUCCCGAGCCCUUUAGAGAGGGGACCAUGAUUUGGAAACGAAGCGCCGUUCUCCGCUUCUACAGUGUCUGCGGGCUCCUGCUACAAGCGGCUGCUUCCAAGAACAAAGUUAAAGGCAGCCAAGGGCAGUUUCCACUGACGCAGAAUGUUACAGUUGUUGAAGGUGGAACAGCAAAUUUGACCUGUAGGGUUGAUCAAAAUGAUAACACCUCCCUCCAGUGGUCAAAUCCAGCCCAACAGACUCUGUACUUUGACGACAAGAAAGCUCUAAGGGACAAUAGGAUUGAGUUGGUUCGAGCUACAUGGCAUGAAUUGAGCAUCAGCGUCAGUGAUGUGUCUCUCUCAGAUGAAGGACAAUACACCUGUUCUUUAUUUACUAUGCCUGUCAAAACUUCCAAGGCUUUUCUCACCGUACUGGGUGUUCCUGAGAAGCCUCAGAUUAGUGGGUUUUCAUCACCAGUUAUGGAAGGAGACUUGAUGCAACUAACUUGCAAAACGUCUGGAAGUAAACCUGCUGCUGAUAUCAGAUGGUUUAAAAAUGAUAAGAGAUCAAAGGAUGUCAAAUACUUAAAAGAAGAGGAUGCAAAUCGCAAGACAUUCACUGUCAGCAGUACACUUGAUUUCCGAGUGGAUCGAAAUGAUGAUGGCGUAAAAGUAAUUUGCAGAGUAGACCAUGAAUCUCUAAACUCCACACCUCAGGUAGCAAUGCAGGUCCUAGAAAUACACUAUACACCAUCAGUUAAGAUUAUACCUUCUACUCCAUUUCCACAAGAAGGACAGCCAUUAGUUUUGACUUGUGAAUCCAAAGGAAAACCCUUGCCCGAACCAGUUUUGUGGACAAAGGAUGGUGGAGAAUUACCAGAUCCAGACCGAAUGGUUGUGAGUGGUAGGGAGCUAAAUAUUAUUUUCCUAAACAAAACGGAUAAUGGUACAUAUCGAUGUGAAGCAACAAACACUAUUGGCCAAAGCAGCGCAGAGUAUGUCCUGAUUGUGCACGAUGUUCCCAACACUUUGCUUUCCACCACUAUCAUCCCCUCCCUUACCACUGCAACAGUCACAACUUCUGUUCCCAUAUCAGCCACUACAACCACAUCUGCAACAACCAGCAGCAUAAGAGAUCCCAAUGCUCUGGCUGGACAGACUGGCCCUGACCAUGCUCUUAUAGGAGGAAUUGUGGCCGUUGUUGUGUUUGUCACACUGUGUUCUAUUUUUCUGCUUGGUCGAUAUCUGGCAAGACAUAAAGGAACAUAUUUAACAAAUGAAGCUAAAGGAGCUGAAGACGCACCAGAUGCUGACACAGCUAUUAUCAAUGCAGAAGGCAGCCAAGUCAACGCAGAAGAGAAAAAAGAAUAUUUCAUUUAGAUGCAGACCUAGAUUCUGAGUUUUACUUAUCAGGCUGACUGCUGGAGAAAACUGGCUAUCAUCUUUCAGAAAUCAUUUCUACCAUCUUCUGCUCCCUUUAUUAACCUCCAUACUGUACUGCUACCAGUAGCCAGUUUAUACCAACAAUCAGCUUUCUUUAACAUCAUUCUUUAAUUACCCUCUCAUCCAUAAUGCAGGACAUUUCUUAUUGCCUAAAAUUCACAUUAUUGUUCUCUUAACAUACAGUGCUUGAAUAUACAGCCUUAACAACGUUAAUCAUCAUCUUGAACCAUGGUAUUGAAUUGUUUUCUACAUUUAAAAUUGUAAUUGUAUGCAAACAUUUCUUCUCCAGUUUUCUUCCUUUUAAUCAUAGUUCUUAUCAGUAUGCCAUUGGACAGUUUUCAUAACCCACACUAUUAGGUGAACACCUAGUGUGCUCAAGUUCAAUCUAAGAUUAGAGGUUUACAAAGAAUGUUUUAUACAUGUCUAUACUUCAAAGACAAGUUUUUGAAACAUAUGCCCUAGAAAACACAAACUGACAACACUGUAGUAUAGUUUCUAGAAUGCUUGGACUCAGUGGUAGAGCUGUAUCAAUAUGCUAUUUAUCUAAUAGUACUUGAUACUGGAGCCAUGUGUUUGGGUUGUAAUCAUAUCAUGCUGUAUAUCUAUAUACAUUCUGCAUUAGGUUACUGUAGUUUCAUUUACAAAUAAAUUUUUUCCAACACAUUCACUGCUUUGAGGAUCACAAAGAUUAGAUAUGUUUCUGUAUUUUUUUCAUAAUUUAUUUGCUUCAUAAGGACUCACCUGCCUACACAGAUUGGACGUAUUCAUAGGGCACAAUUUCAAAACAUUUUAGAAUCUGUAUAUAGUGCAUAUAAUAAAUCCAAUUAAACAUUAUUUGAUACAUAUUUAACUUUUUGGGCUGUAGGUAAGUCAGUCACAAGUAAGCAUUUUCUAAUGUCCAUUAUAUCCCUUUAGAUAUGACUUAAACCAAUAUUAUAAGUAGAUAACAUGUAUUAGUAUUUUUGUCUGUAUGUCCUAGCACUGUUCAACAGCAAAUUUUUUCUAGUUCUUGUUAAUUUUUUAUUUGUUAUACAAUGGAAGCACAAUGUUAUAAGGAAAGGUAAUUUUAAGCUAAUAACCAGUGCACAGCCUCAGGUUUUAAAUUACAACCAUAUUUGAUUAAUAUCCUAAAGAAUAAACUCUUAGUUUCCAAAAAAAUCUCAAUUUUUUUAAAUUUGGCAGUUCCAGAGCUGCUUACCUAUCUUAAUUUGCCAAAAACAAAAGGAAAAAAGCAUUAAGAUAUAUGUUUUGUGUAAAAAUGGACUAAUUAUUUAUAUUAAAUUCCUGUCUAUGCAUUUUGUGAGGUACAAACUUAUGUCACAGCGAGUAAAAGAGAAUUUCUGCCAUGUUUUUAGCUUCACGGAGAAAGUCUCUCUCUCUGGAUUAGUUCUGAAAUUUUGGUGUAAUUAACCAUUAAAGGAAUCUCAUUACUCUUAAAUAUGUCAACAACAAAAAAUUAGCCUAACACUUUUACUUAAAGAGCUAAUGGUCUCUCUGUUAUCUGUUAUGCUACUAGAUCAGGUAUCAGUAUUUAUUUCAUGAUAAAGAAUGAAAACCAUGACUGAUUAAUGUUACUCUCCCUUUUUCCAAGUGUUGCACCUUUAAGGGGAAAAAUGGUAUAUGGCGAUUAUACUUGUAAAGUUGAAAAUGAUGGCCUAUGGUUAAAAAAAAAAUCUCUUGGGAUUUAUUUUUGGGAUAACGGGAUGUUUGAGUACAACAUCAUGUAUUAAUAUCAAAUGAAAGGCAAGGGUGCUGUAUCUUAGAUUAUUUAUCAAAAAAUAUAAAUCUUUAAAGGACAAUGUUAGAAUUCUAAAACUUUUUGUUGAAACAUUUAUCUUGUUGAUUUCUUUUUUUAAAAAAAGAGAAAGGACGAUGUCAGUCAAGCAGCACUUUUUUCAAAAUAUACAGAACAUAAAUAAUAUGAUGUGGUUGAGUGUUAACAUAAUAAAUCAUAUACAGUAUGACAUUUUAAAGAAAUAAGUCUGCAUUGAUGUGAUUGCAUGCUUGUUUUUACAAUUCACUCCAUACCAUCUGUGGAAAAAUGCAAUAAUAUGUUAAUAUAGUAUGGUAGUUUGAGAGAACCAGGUAGGUGCUACUAGACACAUUGAAACUAGUAUAGGUUUACAAAAUGUUCAUGUCUUUCAAAGCAAAGUCUUUAAAAAGACAAACACAAAACAAAAUUCAUCCUGUUUAGUACAGAACAGAAAAUUCUUAUUACAACAAUAAGUUGUAUAAACUGCAUCAAAUACUAUUUUAAACUUAAUUUCAGGAUGCAUUUACAAAAUUGGUACUUUUCAUUGAUACUGUGUUUACAUCCCUCUUCAUUCCAUCUAAAUCUGACUUGGCUCAAACUGCUGAAUUGUUGCUUAAAUAAUUCAAUUAUUAUUUAUAGCAGUGUAAAGAAAAAAUGCAAAAUUUGGAACAUUUUGAGAUUUGGACUCUUUUAACCCUUACCCACAGAAUUAAGUAAUAUCAGUGUUGGAAUUUGGGAGGGGGAUGAGGGAAGAAAAAAACUGGACUAUUAUAUUUGGGGGGCACUAGUUAUGUUUCAGCAAUUAAUUAUUGCUAGAUUUUAACUAAAAUAUUUUUUAUUUUUUGUUCUUUUUAGUAAAAAUAAAACCGAGCAAAAUGGUCAUUUUUCUAACCCCUCAAAAAAGUUAUUUUAUUUUUCUUUAAACAAAAAGUCCCAUUCUAAAUAGUCUACCCACCUUUGUUCACCCAAAUUAUAUAAAUAUGGGAAACUAAAUAAUGGUACUUAACAAUGUUUGGAAUAUACACACUAAUAAAGAGUGAGUCAAAUUCUGUCUCGGCUAGGUGAGCACAGUCAUUACAGGACUCGGUGAGAGAAGUGCACACAUACCCAAAGGUAGAAUAUGGCACAUUGUUCUUUGCUCAAAAGAAAGUAGCUAAUCUCUGCCAGUGUACUGUUUACAGUGUCCAUCGAUUGUUCUUCAUCUAAAAUUGUCCAAACAGCAUUUCUUCUUUUUUCCCCAUUUGCUUGUAUCUUAGACAGAAUGAUUCUUUUUUACCAAGUAUGCGUGCAUGCGUGCGUGUGUUCAUGUGUGAGGGGGGUGCUUCUUUUAACUUGUUUUCUGUCACCAGAGAAUUCAAGAAGCAGUUUAAGGAACCUGAUACUUAAGUUGAAGCUUAGAAUUUAACCUAGAAAAUGGAUGCUCUCAUAUUGCUUCAUAAUGGCAAACCCUUGCACUAAAACUUCCAUAAGUAAAUAAAUAAAUAAAACGGGAAGAAAACGUUUUUUUUUUUCUAAAUAAGGCAAGGAAGCUAACACCUCAUGUAUUUUCAUUACUAUGUAAAAAAUAUAAAUCUCUCAAUGAAAAGAAAGGACUGGUUCAUUUGUAAUUAUGUAACCAUGAUUGUAAUAGCAUUGAGGUUCCGUGUACGCACAUGUACAGUAGCUAUUCAACACUUACAGUGUAGUUACAUGUACUCCCAUGUAACAUAGCAGUUAUAGUGUAAUUUAGUGCCACUUAUUGUAAAGUGUUACCAAAAGGAAAACAAUAUUCUUACCUUUGCUUUUUCUUGGAAGGGAAAGGUAAUUUUAUGAAAGUAACACCUUAAAUCUGACAUUACAUUUCUUCAAUAAAGAGGUCAUGCAAAACCUCACUUUCACACUGCAGCUUCCCCUUUCACCCGACACUCCGUACUUAGAGUCCUCCAAAUGUCCAAUAUUGUCGCUCUUUGCAAAUGGUAAUCCAUGAUGAACAUACCAAAAAAAAUUCAGCAAUGCCAGCUGAAGUGAGAAAAAAACAUCUAAUGGAAAUUACUGAUGAGUAAUGCUUUUUAUUAAGUGGCACAAAGUACACACUAAAAACUAUGCAAAAAUAUAGGUAACUACAGUGUAUUUACAUGUAAGUAUCUUGUACUUGCUGUGUAUGGAUGUUGGAAACCCAUGUAAUUAUAAUAUGCAUUUUGAUUAUCCUUAAAGAGGAAAACAUACAGGAGAUAUAAUAAUUUGUUUUAAGGUUUUUGCAAUAUUUACCCUUAGUGCAAUAUCCUCGAUUACCUGGGAUCAUAAAUGUAGAAGCAAAAAUGCCAGAUGUAUUUCUUUUUCGUCCCAUUCUAUGAGACCCACUGAAAAACAGUUUGUUCAUCUCCACUACCCAUAUACUAAAGCUUUGAUAGUAGGGAAAAAUAGCCUACCUAUAGCUGGUUCAGCAGCACACCCAACUACUAGCUCCCUUCCUUUAUGGAAACUAUCUUUUUUUUUUUCAUUUGGUCCAGGGCUUUUUGCAUGAAGAAAAGGGAAAGAAAUAUAUUAAACUAUAUUAUCUAACCCUCUAAAAUUGGAAUACCAUUAUUUGUCUUAGAAUUACCACAUUUUUUCUUUCAUGCUAAGUUGGCAUAUUCCUGUAAUGUAACUACAAAAUGCUUCCAUCAAGGUAUAGAGAUGCCUUCAAAACUUAGGGUAAUUUUUUCUAAACAUUAAAUUUUGUAUAUUAAAAUUUUCCUUUUCAUAUCACUUUUCUCUUCUCCACCCCACUGUUAUACCCUUCCAAAGGUAAUGAAUUAGAAGUAGCAAGGUAAUGAAGGAAUAAAAAGGGAAACAAAAAUAAUUAGAUUAGUUCAAUUACUCUACAUUUUACAUUGUAUAUAUCUGUCUGUUUUAAUGUCUAGAGAUUGUUCAGUAUCGAAUGCAAUAGAUAUUGGUUAUGACUGGUAAGUCUUGUGCUAUAUAUUCUUAAAAUGAUCCUUCUACCUCUAACUUUUAGUAUAGGCUAUGAGAUUUCAAUAUGAAUAAAUGAAAAGAGGUAUUUAUAAGAUCUCCCAGGCAGCAUUCAGAAGGGAUUAUCAUAACCAUCUUUCCAUUGUGAAUACCAAAAGCCAACUUCUUUGAUUGUGUUCAACAGAGAAUGAAUCUGUAUGUUUCUUUCUUUAACAUUAAAAACUCCCCUAUAGGCAAAAUGAGAUAGUCACCUUUUAAAAUUGAAGCACUUACAUGCCUUUCAGUAUUUCAAGGAUGAACGGCAGCACUUUGGAAUCCAACCUGGUAUUCUGCCUCAAGGAAAAAUAAAUAUGAAAAAUUCUUGCCAAUUUUCUGUGUUUAUGCAGAACAAAAUGAAAUGGAUAAUUUAUUUUCCCAGUGAUCUUGAUGAAUGCAGACAACCAAUGGAAAUAAUUCAAUUGUACCUUCGUUAUAUCAGUAAAUGUUCAUCUGAAUUUUCCAGAGAAUUGCCUCAAAUAUCCACUUUAUUUUGCCUGUGUAACCACAGCUUGAAUGUCUUGAUUGAUGUCAUUUAAUUAUCCUUUAGGGGAAUAACAUUUUAAAAGCACAGAGUUCAUAUAGGAGGAAAAUAAUAUAAAACCUACUCGAUUUGGUGGUAUUAAUGAUGCUCAUCAAAUAAGCUUAAAAGCCUGAAUAAAAAAAAAUUGAUUUUAUUUGAUAUCAGUAUAUUGCGUGUAAAAUUGUGGCCACUAUGUUCUCAUGUAUGCCACAUAUAUGUCAGCUAUAUAAACCUUAUUUUAUCAGCAAAGGAUGGGCCCGAAAGACAAAGUGAAAAAGGCAAUUGGGAAAAAUGGCAUCUUUCCCAAUAAGAUAUGUUCAGUCUUCUGGAAGAGAAAAUUAAAAUGCUUCUUGAAGGUACCAGAUAAAAGAGAUAAACUCACCAGGGCUCAGCACUUAAGCACUUUCCCCACAUCCAGGGUCAAACCAGCAGUGGUGUCUGUAUGAACUCUAAUGCAGCAUGAACUGCACUUACAAUUUUCUUACACAAAGUACUGUAAAACCUCGGAUACUUUCGUCACAAGCUUUCUCCUUUAAACAUGUGAACAUUGGAAACCUUUUUUUAUAUUUUGAUGACAGAGAAAGUUUUAUAAAAUAUAAAUAUGUUAUAGUUGCAACAAGUGGUCACAAAUCGGGGGAAGGGGAAUCUGAUACAUGAACUGGAUUGUUAUUUCUUCCCUACCCAUACUCAUUAUGUUUUAUCUCUGUUUCUCAAAUGUAUUAAAUGAUGCUGAUGAAUAGAGGGAGCAAAUGUUCUAGAAACUUUUGCAAAACUUGUUUUCUUCUUUAUUAUGUGCAUAAUUUAAAUGUUUGCAAAUUCCAUUGAACUGUAUCUGUUGUACCUGCUGUAUACUAAUAUGAUAAUGCAAUUUAGAAGUGACACAAGUAUUUGAGUUUGAGAUUGCUGACAUAUGUGCUUCAUAUUAAGUUCACAUAAAUGUUUAUGAAUUGGUUGUUAACUUUUAAAUUUGACCAAAAGCAAUGCCUUUUUUUUAUAAAUCGUAAUUAUUUCAACUUGACCAGUGUUGGAAACAAGUCUGCCACAUAAGGAUUAAAAUGUGUGUUACUGAAAGUGGUACACUGCACCACUGUGGCCCACUAGCUAGCUCUCAAACUAAAAUGUUCCACUUGUAUGGCUUACAGUUCAUAACAUUUGGAAGGGUAUACUUCUGACACUGUAAAAAUCAAUUCGUGUAAGUAGGAUCCACAGGAAUUAAGCAUAUUGCACUGAAGAUAGAAAAACAAUUGCUUAAUCUACAUUGUCAUUAGUAUUUUUAAACAAAAUGCAUAUUGUAAUGUUAGGUACAUGACACUUGCAUGUUGAUAUGCCUAUAUACUUACAAAGUAUUCAAUGUGUACUUAGUGGCGCUUAAGAUAUGUCAUGUACAACUCUUAUAAACAUUCUUACAGGGUUCCCAUUUGCACUUCAUCUUUCAGUAAAGUCUUGUCAGAAAAAAAUGUCUGAUGAAUAUUAUUGAAAAAAUAAAAUUUGAAUUUUAGUUAUCUGUUGGA